AUGCCCAACCGUCAUCGCCGCACGGCCUCAGCAGCCGCCCUCUUGCUGCUGCUCGCCGUCUGCUCGGCCGCGCCACGGCUUACCGCCGCCGCACGUGAUGCUCCCAACGACGGCACCCCCGCCCCCGCCAACAACAGCGCGGGCAGCGCCGGCGGCCUCGGUGCGAUGCUGAUGACCGCCAUGGGUGUGUACCUGCAGCAGAACGUCCCAAAGCUCGUGGAGGCCGCAGUGGCGCAGCGGCAGCGGUCCGUGCCGCAGCAGCGGACGAGCGGCAUCGACCUCGACGGCGACGGCAAGCCCGACCUUCCCACCCCCGACCUCAGCCUCACGGCCCCAGAGCUGAGCCUGGACCCCACGCUGUCGCUGGCGCUGUCCCCCUUCACCUUUGCGCCAACCUACGCCGUCAGCGUCGACCCCACCCUCGCGCCGACCGGCGGCGCGUCCUUCGCUCCGACGGUGGCGCCGACCGGCGCCGGCAUCCUGGGGCCGACCCUCCAGCCGACGGACAUCACGUCGGUCAACCCCACCUACGCCCCGACCACGUCGAUCAACCUGCCGUCGCCGCCGAGCGACAGCCCCGCCGUCUCGGCCUCCAGCCGCAGCGCCGCCCCCAUCGCCCCCAUCGCCGCCCGCCUGGCCCAACGCAUCUCCAAGGCCGCGAUCGCCAAGGCCCCAGCCAAGGCCGCCGCCGCCGCCACCCAGGCUCCCGCAGCUGGCGCCGCCAAGGCCCCUGCCACCACCGGCGCCGCCGCCAAGGCCCCGGCGAAGCCCUGA